AUGGCACACGUCGUUUCCACUCACGUUUGCAAGUGGGUUCCACUUGACGAGGCUUCCGGGCCCGCCAUCGAGGCCCACGAAGGCCGGGUCCAAUUGAACGGUGGGUAUUUGGGAACGGGUGCCCGGGGACUGGUCUUUGCGCUGGCCCGUAAUCCAAGCCCGGAGGCCACGGAGGGCCCGUCUCAGUGGGCGGACCUUACGCACGCUGCAGCACUCUUGGUGGCCGUCCAAAUAGAAGGAGAAAAGGCCCUUGCUGCGAACGAGGGACUCGACUUCGGAAGAUUCCGGAAAAGUGUACUCGAUUCGGAUGUUGUAGUGCUUCUCGACUGA